AUGAAGUCCUGGGGAUCCUCAUUUCGCUCACACCCAAAGACAGGAGGGUGUAGCCUAGUCCAUCUAUCCAAUAGCUUUUGUGGUUCGCUGGCUGCAGCUGGUCUGGGCUCAGGUGCGGGCCAAGGCCAGGCUGCUUCCUCUCGCUUCUGCGCUCAGACGAUCGCGCCAGCGGACUUGUCCGCUCCUGUGAUGGCUACCUUCGCAGGUGCGGUCUCUGGUCCACUUCUGCGGUCACUGGCCACCCCUUUGCUGGUCCGCUUCUACGGCUCGUGGCUCGCACCUGCGACUGGCCAAGCGCAGGCUUCAGUCUUGAGCUCAGUUCUUGAUUGUUAUUGCAAUAAAGGUUUGUUAUUUGAAGGUCUUCAAGUUUACAGAAAAGUUAGAGAAUAUAGGUAUUUUAUAUCUACUGAUAGUUGCAAUGCAUUGCUCAAUUUGCUGUAUAGAAAGAAUGAGCUAAGAUUGGCUUGGUGUUAUUAUGGUUCUAUAAUUAAGAAUUGUGUUCAGGAGAAUGUGUUUACUUGGUCGUUAAUUGCUCAGAUGCUUUGUAAAUAUGGGAAAUUUGAGCAAAUUGUUUCUAUUAUAGAUAAGGGUUUAUGUACUCAUGUUAUGUACAAUAUACUUAUAGACUGUUACUCCAAAAGAGGGGAUUUUGAAGCUGCAUUUAUAUAUUUAAAUAAUAUGUAUAGGAAAUCUGUUGAUCCUACCUUUAGUACUUUUAGCUCAAUUCUUGAUGGUACUUACAAAUAUCAAAAUGCCGAAGUGAUUGUCUCAUUGAUGAGUUCCAUGGUAGAGAAAGGACAUUUUUCAAAAGUUAUGUUGCCCAAUUACAGUUCUAUAAUUCAGAAGCUCUCUGAUUUGGGAAAAACAUAUGCAGCUGAAUUAUUUUUCAGGGAAGCUUCUGAAAAAAGAUUGAACUGCAAGAUAACACCUAUGGCUCUAUGCUGA